GGUGGGAGAGUCGGGGAAAGCAAAAAGCUCUCAACAUUUUGGUGAAGCCACCAAUACUACAAUCAAAACCGCCGCUCUAUCGCAGAAAAUCAACAAUAACACUUCCAAAAAUCGACGACAUUUUUGGGGGUAAUCAUGUCUGUGAUAAGAGCUAUUGGUAGGACACUUUUUUCUGCGGCAAAAUCAGAAACUUCACCAUCUGCUACAGCCGCAGCUGGUGCUUAUAGAACUACUGCCCGUCACAAUCCUCUUGAGGAAUUCUUUGAAGUUCACAGAGAAGUAGAGGGUGAAAAACCUAAUGUAUAUGGCAGGGGUUGGAAAGCUUCUGAAUUGCGCCUUAAAUCAUGGGAUGAUCUUCAUAAGCUUUGGUAUGUUUUGUUGAAGGAGAAAAACAUGUUAAUGACUCAACGUCAAAUGCUUCAUGCUCAGAACUUGCGAUUCUCAAAUCCAGAAAGGAUCUCAAAGGUAAGUAAGAUGUAAAGUUCACCCUGCAUGCUCUGUUUACUCGGUCAACUUACAAUGAGGUUAAAGCAAAAGCGUGAUAUAUGUUUCCUAUUAGCUCUAAGCUCUUUGUCAUGAUAUAGAAAAUCCCUUCCCAUAAAACAGCAUGGAAGUGAUUCAUGUUUACAACCAUUCAUGUAUGCUCUAGGGAGGGUACUCUUGCAGGUCUUUAAUGUGCGACUGGCUUGGCUCUUGAGAAAUGUCCUUUGGCAUAGUUGCAGUAGAUAGAUGCUCCUCUUCGUUCUAUCUCUUUCACAGACCUGGUAGAAAAGAUGUUGCUUGUAGGUGUGCAGUAACUUUUCACAGAGUUUUCAAGAGGAAAACUUGUUAGUGAUCACAUUUCGAUCUUGUAUAAUGUUUGAUUUUCUAAAGCCUGUCAAGGCGUUGGCAUGUUUUUCUAAAUUUCCUUUCUUAAAAAGAAAGUAUUUCUCUUUCCACCAUUUGAUGCACUUGUGUGUCUUGUAUAGGCUUUCUGGACCAGUAUAUAUCCAUAAAGUAUUUCUCUUUCCACCACUUCUUGUACUUGUGUGUCUUGGUUGGACUAGUGAGUGAUUUGUUCAACCAGAACAGAUCUCAGAAACCCUUCUAUACCUUUCCUGUGGAUUAUCCUGUUUCAUGAUGAAAGACUUCAAAUUGAAUUAGAAACCUAGAGUUGUGAUUUGUGCUAGAAAUAUAUUAAUCUGAUUCAUUUUUCGGCUUGUAAUCCGGUAUUUUUACUUUGGAUGGAUUUUCACUUUUUCUUGUUUAACUGGUAGCUGUUAAGCCAUAAUUCCUUGCAGUUAAUUAAAUUUCCCACUCUGGGGAUGCGGAAAAAGUUGAAAAAUUGGCAGUACGAACUAUGUUUAGAAACUAAUGACAGAAUCUUUAGCUGUUCAACUUUUUCACAGUAGGUCGUGGUCCCUGUCUUCUGUGUGCAGUAAGGACAAAUUUAACUGAUAGUAUACUUUUUUGGUCUAAUAUUUCUGAACCCUGAGGAACUUUUCAAUCAUUGUUCUCUCUAUUUCUGUAGCAACUGAACUAAAAUGGUUCCACCCCUGCUUUAAUUGGCUAGCGAGUGGAAGUUGCAACUAUGGAGAUAUGAAACAGUCUUUGGUGACCUUAUUCUAUUAGUUUCUGCUUGUACCCAUCCUAGAGAAACGUAAUUGUCACUUUUCCGCAUGAAUGCUUGUUUGUCCGGUAUAUGUUUAUUCUCAACACCAUUAUGCUUAUAACUUCUCCAUUUGGCCCUACAUGCAGGUGAAAAAAUCCAUGUGUAGGAUCAAGCACGUAUUAACUGAGAGAGCAAUUGAAGAACCCGAUCCACGAAGGUCUGCUGAGAUGAAAAGGAUGAUAAAUGCUUUAUAGUGGCUUUUGGUUUUAGUUGGUUGGAAAAAGCGUGGUUGUAGAUGAAGCGCGCCCUCUACCUUCUGGUUGAGUUGAUCAGUUAAUGUUUUUACCGGGGGUUUCAUGAACGUAUUAUGACUAUGGAAAGAUAGAUUCAGUGAUAUCAUUGUCAUUUGGUGUUUUCGUUAUGAAGACCUAGUUGCUAAAAAUAUUUGUUCUGUGGAAUUCUUGCUUUUGCCCUGAUAAUAUUGGUGGGCUGUAACAUGUUAGGAAAAGGGCGAAUUGAAAUCAAUUGUCCCCUACUCAAAAGUCAAAACGGAAUAUGGAAAACGCACUACAUAAAUAUUUUGUGAAAACUGAUUAUUAAUUUUUUUUAGUCACUCAGUGUAGUUUAACUAUGGUGAGUUUACAAAACAUUAUGAGGCGGGGGGACGCCAUUUGGAAUGCAAAUUCUUUUAAUUUUUUUUUUGGGCGAACUACAAUUUACCCCCGAGUUUUGGCCACUUAACAAUUGACGAGGCUUAAUUUGAUUGUGUUGGAGAUUUCAACUCACCCCCUGAAGAUCAAGUGUGACUGGAAAGUAAAUGCACGCUCUCGAAACCAACCUAUGGGAGAUCCAAUGAUGCAUAAUUUGCCUUGAA